AUGGCCAUCAAGGUUGCAAAUGUAUUAAAAAGCUGUGAUGCACGCGACUUCCUGGUCAGUGUGACUACUAGUACUAGUACUAGUGAUUCUGCGCUUGGCCCUGACUACUCGAUAAAGUGCAAACAGGUUGAUGGCUUCAGGAAACACAGCUACAGUGUCUGGCAAGGAAUCGUGCAUCCUUCAGGAGUAUUGUAUUAUUUCGACGUCUCAAUGAAAACAUAUACAGGAAGCGAUGUGAAAAAAUACACGCCUAAUCAAUUGAACAAUCUUCAGAACUGGAUAAGGGCAGCACGCAGGAGAUUGCAGGAAGAAACAUGGUAUAUGGUCGUAAAGCCUGUUACAAGAGAAGACAGAGACUACUACGAAUACUAUUGUGUGGUCCCGGAUGCCCGCAUCAUUGCUUGGUUUGAGGAUUUUAACGCCGACCUUCUAUUCCAGGAAUGCGCCUUUGCAAGAGAGUGGAACCACAAGAGCAAGUUCUAUUCCCCAAUGAACGGCUCGAGCUGGAGGCACAAUUUUGGUGAGAACAUGUUGAUGAGGAAGCACGUUGAUUUCUUUCCAAGACAUUAUAGUAUGCAAUGCUCGGAUGCUACUGAGCUACGCGCACACUUAGAAUGGUAUCUGGCAGAGGGGUUGAUUCUGGAACAAUCGACUGCGGCAUCAUUGUUUUGGAGCACCGACCAAACAGAGAAAGAACAAGGUGUCGCAUACUGUGGAAGGAUAUGGAAUAUUUUACUGAUGGUAUUGGAGCAUGUUGAAAAACUUCACAUUGAUGGUAUUGUCAAUCUGCUUGAUAUCAAGAAAUUCCUUGACCAUUUCAACGACGAUAACAUAAAGCACAGCACUCUGGCGGGCAUUAUCAUGGCAGUAGAUGCUAGCAUACUUGCUAUUCCGAAUAUUGGUUCCCAAUCUCAUAACUUGCAAUACCACUUUACAAAGGUUGCUAUCAUCUAUAGCGCUCCUAGUUUGUUGUGA